GAGGGAGUAGAAAAUAGAAUCCGACUUAGAAACAGGGAUUCACAUUUGGAUCUGGCAACCCAGGCCGGCUCAGAGGAUCUCUGCUCUCUGGAUCUCAGUCCGGAUCUCAGUCCACCUGGAUGCGGUCACCUCUCAGCUUUCUGCCUUCAUUUCCUUUUAUUUCUUCUUGAUUUCUCUGGAAGAAGGUUCCACGAUGGCCGGAGCGAUCAUCGAGAACAUGAGCACCAAAAAGUUGGUGAUCGUGGGAGUAGUUCUGCUGCUCUUCCAGGCUUUUGCCUUCAUGGUCGGAGGUCUGAUCGCCCCGAGUCCCACCACCGCUGUCCACUACCUGGCCACCAAGUGUGUGGACAACCAGAAGGGACACCAGGAAGGCCGGAAGUGGUUCAUGCCCUGGGGUCCGAACCAGUGCGACAAGAUCCGAGACUUUGACGAGGCCAUGGCAAAGAGGAUCGAAGCCAACAACAUCGUCUUCUCCGUUCACAUCCCUCUGCCCAAUAAAGAGAUGAGUCCCUGGUUCCAGUUCAUGCUCGUCAUCCUGCAGUUCGACAUCGCCUUCAAAAUGUACAACCAGAUCGAGGACAAAGCUUUUGUCACCAUCGACGUUAGCCUGGCCUACAGAGACGACUCGGUGAGCGAAUGGACGGAGAUGGCGCAUUCUGUGGAGCAACGCAAACUCAGCUGUAACUUCACUACGGCCAAAAUUAAAGAGAACGAGGGUCGCUACUACGAAUGUGACCUUUUGCCCUUCAUGGAGGUCGGCACCGUGUCUCACAAAUACUACCUGGUCAACGUGAGGCUGCCGGUGUACGAACGCAAAAAAGUGAACGUGGGGAUCGGCGAGAUCAAAGACAUCCGUCUUGUGGGAAUCCAUCAGAACGGUGGAUUCACCAAAGUUUGGUUUGCCAUGAAGACCUUCCUCACUCCCAGCAUCCUCAUCAUUAUGAUAUGGUACUGGAGAAGGAUUACCAUGAUGACGAGACCGCCGGUCCUGCUGGAGAAGGUGAUCUUUGCUCUGGGCAUCUCCAUGACCUUCAUCAACAUCCCAGUCGAGUGGUUCUCCAUCGGGUUUGACUGGACAUGGAUGCUGCUGUUCGGAGACAUCCGUCAGGGAAUCUUCUACGCCAUGCUGCUCUCCUUCUGGAUCAUCUUCUGUGGAGAACAUCUCAUGGACCAGACGGAGAGGAACCGCUUCUCCAUGUACUGGAAGCAGGUGGGACCAAUCGUCUUUGGCUCCUUCUGCCUCUUCAUCUUUGAUAUGUGCGAGAGAGGAGUGCAACUGACCAACCCCUUCUACAGCAUCUGGGCUUCAGAUGUUGGCACUGAACUUGCUAUGGCGUUCAUCAUCGUGGCUGGUAUAUGCGCCUGCCUCUACUUCCUGUUCUUGUGCUUCAUGGUGUUCCAGGUGUUCAGAAACAUCAGUGGGAAGAGAUCGUGUCUGCCUGCUAUGACUAAAGCUCGCCGUCUGCAUUAUGAGGGUCUGAUCUUCCGUUUCAAGUUCCUGAUGCUGGUCACCCUGGCAUGUGCAGCCAUGACCGUCAUCUUCUUCAUCAUCAGUCAGGUGAAUGAGGGACACUGGCACUGGGGAGAUUACACAGUCCAGAUAAACAGCGCAUUCUUCACUGGGAUUUAUGGCAUGUGGAACCUGUACGUGUUUGCCCUCAUGUUCCUGUACGCACCAUCACACAAACGCUACGGAGACGAACAAGCUAGUGGAGAUCAGGGAGGAACUAGUGGUGAGGACAUCCAGCUUACCACCACCAUCACCCAUGCUGACGGACCCACUGAGGUGUACAGAAUGAUGGGAAAGGAUUCACAAGAGUAGUCUCUUCCAUCACUUCCAUCCUCGAUCAUCUCAGCAAACCAGCUUAGCCACCAUUCUUGUUAAACUUCUCCACUGUUUCGGGCGAUCCAAACCCCUCCUCCACCUUCUCCAUCUUCUCCUUGGAUACAAGGAUUGUGGUAUUUUACAUAAAGGUCUAACGUGUUCCAUUACACCAUUUCAUUCAAAUUGGAAACUAUUAGGAUUUGUAUCGUAUCCAUAUUUAUUUUAUACUAAAUAUUAUUGUAGACAUCAUUGUUGGAACGUGCCUUAUUUUAUUAUUUUUUUGGACAGACGUACUCAUUUGCUAACUGGCUAGCUAACCGAGUAGCAUGUUAGCUAAAUACCAAGCUAGAAUAGCAACAAAUGACUUUCAUCGCUUCAUUUGCAAACGAAAUUGACGGUUACAGCACGCGGUUGUGGAAGUGUUUUGCCUUCCAUUGUUCCAAAGGUCAUUAAAACAAACCUCAAAUGAAUUAAGAAGACACUUUUUGGAUGCUGGGAACAGAAAAAUGACAGAGCAAGUCGAUAAGCAGGAUUUCUUUGGAUCGUAACCGCAAAGUUGAGCUGAUUUUGCAGACAAGGGAUUGAAUUUGGUGACAUGGAAUUUGGCGCCAUCUGGUGGAUGGAAGAGAAAGUUACAAAGUGUAUGACCAUCACUACGUUGACCAAAUCGUUAGUAAAAAAAAUAAAACCAAGCAGGUAUUUUGCAUCUAUAGUUCAUUUAACCAGGUGUUGAUGAUGAUGAUGAUGACGAUCAUGUGGUUCAUUAUCAGGAUACUAAAUUGCAACAUGUUCCUCAAACAUCAAAGCAAUGGGAAUUAUUCCCCAUCCUACCUAAAUGGUGUGUGACUCUGGAAUGUGUAUGCCACUGAUUUGGUUAAAAUUAAAUUUCUUCUUUAUUACUUUUAUCACUUCAGAUAGGUUAAAUUAUAAAACAGUAUCUAUUUAGCUCUCCGGUUAGAAUUUACCCCGCCUCCUCUUUUCCAUACACCACAUUUGUAACACCACACACAGCGUUCAGCAUCUUCCAUCAUGUUUGUCAAAACACCAAGUUCAUAACUAGUAUGUUACGAUGAAGAUAUAUUUUUUAUAAAGUGCUUAUUUUCAAUGUUAGCUGUAUCACUGUCUGUUGUAUAAUAAAAGGACUUUUUCAGAA